GUCGUUUCCAGACGGUAGCGACGGCGUCGGUGUGAUUGUAGUGUGAUUCGGGCAUUGGUUUAAUAGCUCAGAUAGAUGGAUUGUUUUUUACAUUAGAGAAGAGAUUACCGGAAGCACAUUGAAAAGCAAACGAAAAUCUGAACUUGGAGCUGUAGCGGGGUAAGGAAACUUGUUUUAACAUAGCAGUUUCAGUUAGAAGCAUCCUACAUAGCUAUGCUGAUCCCCCGGGCUGUUCGGCGGGUUGCUUCUGCUUGCUGUUAUCACAAAUAGCUGUAAUGUGCUCUUUACUUACAAAUAAGUCCCCACAGUUUUCUGAAAUGAUACAUUAACCGACCUAGUUGAGGUGUUAUAAUUUGUGUUGAGAAAUACGAUCGAUUCACUUCCGGCUUGGUAUCAAGGUUCGUCCCCAGCGUACCAAUUUAAUACAGCUGUUUUACUAUUAGGAAUUCACAGUACAGACUGUUGCCGUAUUUUGUUUCCUUGCUCUCCGUUGAAAAUUUAAACCUAGAAACACAUUUUAAGUUUUAAAAUAAUGGAAAUCUGUGAUGAUCAUUUGGGGACAUUUCAUUCUUUAUCCGCACCCCAGCCCCCUAAGAAUGGAGGAUUUUUUAAUAGGGUAGCUCAGAUUUUGCUUCAAAGAAGCCGAAAUUUGACCCUUCAGGCAUUUUUUAAAAGGUGCAGACAAAUAAUGAAUCCUUGAAAUUUCAUUUCUCAAAGGUCACCAACAAAAAGUUGAGCAUUCAGAUUCCAGCCAUUACUAUGGGGGAGGAGGGGAAGGUGCACGUAAUUCACCUUCUGAGCAUCAGAUUUCACGUUACUUUUCAUGAUCUUUGUUGUAAAGAAACCCCUAAAGUUCAGUCAUCCGUUCUCUGCCACAUACUGUACUUGUACAAACUACGAGUCGCUAUUUCAAGUUCGCGUUACAGUCAAGGCAGGUCAAGCGUACCCCCCAAGAUUCUAUUAAUGAAUUAAAUAUUUGAAAAAUGAAUCCGGUAAUCGUUCCCAUAACUAUUGUCAAAUUCAAAUCGGCAUUCCUGCAUGCGCAAUGAGCAGUGAAUAUUUUACGUGAACUUCCCUGUAUUUGGUCAGAUUGAAAAUCUUUGAAUGGAUUAAAUUUGUUAGAAGACAUUUACAUCAAAUUCAGGGAAACUGAGCUGGUAGAAAUUUCGUAACUGAAUUGCAUGUGAAUUCACAGCUCCUUACGAAUGCAGAGAUGAAUCUGAAAUUUACAACUACCAACAGAUUUAACUUUCGAAUAAUUAACUCAUCAAUGGGAUCUUGGGGGGUAAGGUUGACCUGACUUGACUGUAAUUUAUAAAUUUUAUUUCCCUUUUACUGUCUGAAAGUCGGAUAGUUUAAGGUUCAAAAAUGUCUAAGCAGAAGAAUAAGAUUGAUUUUAAGUCCAAGAGCAUGGCAGAACUGCAGGAACGAGGAUUUCAGUGCUUGUAGUUGAAAUUCUCACCUAAGCAGCUGAAUUUGUUUUAACAUUGGAGCUAAACUUCGAAAGAGAUAAAACCGGUGAUGAAGGUAAAUUUCACAAUACAUACAUAAUUCAAAUUACAAAAUUCAUGAUCGCACGCUAUUAAUUUCCAAUCCAUUUUUGCUAUAAAGACAGUUUGGCCAUGGGUUGUUUGACAUUAUAUUUUCAACUGUAUAUAUAUUACGACAAAGAGGGACUCGACACUUUUGAUGACGCUUAUGCUGAUUAUUUACUAACUGCUAAGUUGAAUCAAGAGGCUGUUCACAUAUCUGUAGCAAAAAAGUUUCUGUGAACAUGUACUGGCUUUGUAUUUAAUCAUGUAGAGACAAACGGAGGCAGUGUAGUUCGGGCAAGAUAAGCAUAGGCUUAUUUUAAAGUGUAUAAAAGGCGGUUGAGAUAAAAAUGUAAGCACAUGCAGUAUCAUGAAAUAUAAGUGUGUCUGCAUCAUAAGUUUCAUUUUUUCCUAGCUUAGAUCCACUACCCAAAAGCAUUCUUUCCACUGCAGAGGAGAUUUCCAUGCGCUUGUUGAAACUCCAUGUUUUGGAAUUAAUCCCAGCGAAUAUUUUUUUCUGUCUCAGAAGGUGAAUUAAUAAACAGACCCUUGAAAAUAAAGAAUCAUGUAACCAGAAUCAGGAGUGAAAUUUCCUGCUUUUGAGCAUUGGAGCUGUUCUGUUGUUUUUGCAAAAGGUCUUUUCAUUGAAACUUUUUUUCCUAAGUUUGUUUCUUGUCUUGGGUCAAAGACUGUUUUCCUGUAAUGUUUUAAAAAAACUGGGCAUAUCUUAACCCUCGGAUGUACGGGGGGUGGCCUAAGGUUUUUCUGAUUUUUUUCCUUGACAAUAAAACAUCAGCACCUGAAGUUUGCUGUAGCUGUUCUCUUAUCCCUCAUGCCAUUUUGAGGCAGGUUUAGUGAUGGUCAGUUACUAUGGUUAUGAGAUAUGAUGUCAUAAGUAGCAGGUGGUCAAGCCAUUUUUGAGUGAAAGUGCAUGUUUUUCAACUUUUUUCAACACUAAAAGUAAAACUUGUGGAUAAAAUGAUGCAACGUAAAUAAUUAUGUGUUAUUUUACAAGUUAAGUGCAAAAAAAUAUUUUUCUAUUUUUUUUACCUGAUUUCUAAUUCUUGAUAAAACCCAAUCUGGUGGCCAAGAUGGCAACCUUGUUUUGAGAUGUCACAGAAAUCCAGCAGUGCCACCGACCCACAAAAUAAACUUCAUUGUGUAGAGAAGAUCAAAGGCUUUCCAUUGAAGGCAAAAUUCUUUUGAGACACUGCAACAUAUCAAAAACUACAUUGUAAGGGGGGGGGGGGUCCAUCAACCCACCCCCCUUGUACCACAGUGGGGGUCUGCGUGUAUGUCUGAGGGUUAUGCAGUGGCCCAAUGGACGCCGUCAGGCUGACAAUGAUUGAGCAAAAUUCUAUGGUAUUUUGCAAAUGUUAGAGUCCUUACGUGUCCAAAGCAAUGGAGCUAAGAACCAAAAUUUGGUUUUUUGACAAAACUGGGAUUUGGCUAAAAACUUUAAACAGAAAGCUUUAGAAUACCUGACUACUGUUUUGUAUCGUCUGUAAUAACAUAGUGCCUAUAAUGUUAUGCCUCAUAAUUCCGAAGUUGAGUUGAAGUAUCAUACCACCAAAAUCGUACAAGCAAUUACACUAUCCAAAACAGUAACAGUGGACAGAAAAGGGUGAAAUAAAACUGAGAAUCACAGUAGCUAUACAAAGCAUGCAUAAUACUAUUGCAUAAAACUGACAUAAUUUUAAUUUAGCAGCCAAUAAGUUUACAAAAUUCUGGUACUCUGAUACAUACCUACAUGUACCUUAACCUGUCUAAACUGUCUAUUGAAAAUCUGAAUUUUGGAUGUUAUUCUUUUGGCUAUUAUUUCCUUUAUCUCUUUUUUUCAGUUUAUUUAUAUUUUUUUGAUUUUAUAUUAUAAGAAAAGUGAAAGAAAAAACAAUAGAGCCCCCCAAAACGAAAUGAAACCCAGAAAUUAAAAACUAAAUUAAAGCAAAUUAGAUUUUUAUGCAGUUGAGUACUGCUACUGCCAGCAUGCAUUUCUGGACUAUUACACAGCAGCUCCACUAAUAAUGGAGACACAUGAUGCAGUUUUACUUUUACCUGAUUAAAAUAUUGCAUAUUUCAAACCAUGCGUUUACAUCAUUCCAUUUAUUUUUUAGUAUUACAUGAAAUAGAAAUUACAAAAUGAAAUAUUUUAUUAAGAUUUUAAAAGCUUCGCGUGACUAAUCUAGCGUGACUUAUUUUACAAAACCAAUUAACGUCAUAUGGCGGCUGUCGCUCUUGGUACGGUGAGGCAAGGGACAGCAAUACAAGACUUCCUUCUUUCAUUUACCUUUGCUGAAUUGCUCUGUGUGUCUUUUGGCCAUGGAUAAAGGUUAGGCUUGUGUGAUUUGAAAUUCUUAAACACUUGGUAACUUAAAACAAGUCAUGAGACCCGGGUCAUGAGAGCGAGCAUUUGAACUCACAAUUCACAAGUCGUAAAUGACAAUCAUUAUUCCUCUUCGCGUCUGUCAAUUCACUUUAAUAGUCUAUGAAUUUCCACGCGGAGCCAAUUGGAUAGUGUGUAUCUGCCGCACGUUUCCUUUUUUUGAGCUAUACUACGUCUAUACUAAUAGUUCAGGGGCACCCAACGAGGAUAUAGUUCAAAACCACUUAACAUAGCAUUGUUGAACGUAGUUUAGUAUUCAAACGGUAGAUAUAGGCAUAUUUUUAUUCCCUAAAAGCUUUUCAUCUGUUCGGAUUUCCUAGCUGAAAGUCUAGUGAUCCGAAAAUUAUAGGGAUAAAAACUUACCUUCUCGAAAACUUCAGCCAGGAAAAGGCUCCCGAAAAUUCUAGGUGGCCUUUUUUAGGGUCAAAAUCCGUUAAAAAUGGGUAAUUAUACCAUUUUGUCGAUGUUCGAAAAUCCUAGGAGAGACAGGCAAGCAAGAAAUUUUACAACAAAUGCUCCGAAAAUUCUAGAUCUCAAAUCGUCUUCCGAACAGAUAUUUUCCCGAAAAUUGCCGUUGGGUGCCCCUGAUAGUUUCAUGAUAUGAAAUUAAAUGAGGUCCUUGUGUACGUUGGUUCGUUUCGGGUGUUUGAUAAUUAUUCAAAUCGCCAUCGCUGUAUUUACAUACCCAGGAGUAGAAUUCUGGCCUGGCGAUCAGAGAAUCUUACUGGUUUUCUUCGAAACUAACGCCUUGCUCGGAAUAGAAAAAGCGCUUCGAAACAAAAUUUGUACAGUGGAACUUCGAGUUAACGAACCUCUAUAUAACGUAGUCCUCGGUAUAACGAACGAUUUUCUUCAGCCCGGCCAAAAUUACAAUAAAAUGUAUGCAACAGAACCUCGAUUUAACGAAAUUACUAUGGUUACGAGAUAUGAUGUCAUAAGCAGCAGGUGGUCAAGCCAUUUUUGAGUGAAAGUGCAUGUUUUUCAACUUUUUUCAACACUAAAAGUAAAACUUGUAGAUAGAAUGAUGCAAAGUAAAUAUUUAUGUGUUAUUUUACAAGUUAAGCACAAAAAAAUAUUUAUUUUCCCUUUUUUUUUUUUUACCUGAUUUCUAAUUCUUGAUAAACCCAAUCUUGCGGCCAAGAUGGCAACCUUGUUUUGAGAUGUCACAGAAAUCCAGCAGUGCCACCCCCCACAAAAUAUACCUCAUCGUGUCGAGAAGAUCAAAGGCUUUACAUUGAAGGCAAAAUUCUUUUGAAACACUGCAGCAUAUCAAAAACUACAUUGUAAAGGCGGGGGGCUCCAUCAACCCACCCCCCUUAUAAGCGGCAGUUUAUGGUAUGACCCUUUCGUAGAAAAGUUGGUAAAAGGUUUGGUCCGUCUUCUACGACCUAUAUUAUUCAAUUGGUUUUACAUAUAGAAUUGAGAAAUACUUUAAACUAACGUGAUGAAAUUAUAUAUUUUUCCAGAAAAAUAUUUUUGUACCACAACUGCAAAGACCACUCAUAGCUAACCUUCACGUUCUUUUAAAGGCUUCCGGGCCAAAAAGACACCAAGAACCCAUACCCUUUUUGGAGUGAGGGGGUUUCUAUCACUAGCAUCCAGUUGUAAAUCCUGACUUGGAUUAGCCUCCCACGCAGGUGUUUUUAGGGGAGCUCGUUUUUCAUCCCUCCUCCUCUUCGGUUGAGCAGGCGUUUGUGGGGAGGGAUGAAAGACGAGCUCCCCUAAAUUCGCCUGCGUGGGAGGCUAGACUUGGAUAUGCGAUAAAGAAAUUGGAAAAAAACUAUGUUCCAGCAAUUCUGAUCUCCCGUGUGACUUUAAGUUACGUAAUCUGUUUCAGUGCAAUGUAAAGCUAUCAGCUAGAAAAGAUAGCCUGGUAGUAGGCUCCCCCAGGAAAUAUUUUGAUUUUAACUCCUUAAAGUCCCCUUUCUUGGGUUUCCGAGUCAUUCAGACAAUAUUGGCCAGAUUUCAAUUUGGAAAGUGUUUUUUAUUAUUAAAAUGUAUUUACUAUGAAAAAUCUGACCGAUUUCCGUAAAACGGUGGAAGCCGGUGUGAAUCCGCGCCUGCUAUGAAUUAGUUUCACUCUUGGUUUUUAUGCUAGAUUGUUAAGGAAAAGAAACACACACGCACGCUAAUCUGAGUUUCAGGCCUUUAUACUGGUACAUGAGAAAUAUCUGCAAUUUGAUUGGCUUAGAGCAGUGGUAUUUCAGCUUAAUUUGAAAUACCUACAUGUGAAAAUUACAAACCUUUUCUGGGUAGUAGUAUAAACAAAUAAUAGCAUGAUUUGUACCUGAUAUUUGGCAUAAAUACCACUUGUGAUAUUUCAAAAUUGUCUCAAAUUUCACUCGCCUAACGGCUCAUGAAAUUACGUAUAACAAUUCUGAAAUAUCACUCGUGGUAUUUAUGCCAAGUAUCACUACAAAUCAUGCUAUUGCCUAUACUAAUAAGAGGUAAGGAGAAAUUAAGAAGAAACAGUGGGGCGAGAAAAGAGGGAGAAAGGCCUGACACACAAAGGCAUUCUUGUUCUCAUCACUACCUCCCCUUCCCUCUAGAAAAGCCCAGGCUAGUAAAAAGCAUCUGCUACUUUUCAUGUUCCAGAAGGUUGUUUAGAUAGAAGUCAAUCGGUCCCACCCAGUGAAACGUUUUACCUGGGUUUUACCACCCGGUGAAACGUUUUUCCCUUUUCCCAGUAGUAGCUGUAAUUGAUUCUCUUUUUUUCUAUUGUAGUAGUUUCUCUAUUCUCCAUAGUAGUAGUUGUAAUUGAGUCUUUACUAUUAAUUUUUAUUUUAGAUGUUGGACGACUGUGAUGUUUGAGCAUGGCAUCUGCUUUACAGAAGGCUCAAACGCAUGAUGACCGAGUGCAUGGAUUUCGCAAAGUGAAAGUCACUAUUUUGGGAUCUGAAUGGGGACCAAGUAAUGAGGGGCUUUCCACCAUAAACAGAGAAUUAGCCAUUCAGUUAGCCAAGUGCCCUGAAGUGGAAAUCACUUUCUUUUUACCAAAAUGUAGUCAAGAGGAUAAAAAAGUAGCCCUAGAUCACAAAGUAGAGAUCGUAGAGGCAACGCCUAUGCCUGGCUUUGAAAAACUGGAUUGGCUUUGCUUUCCGCCGAAAGAUUUGCAAAUCGACAUUAUCGUAGGUCAUGGAGUUAAACUCGGUAAACAAGCACAAGUCAUUAAAGACCUUAAAACGUGCAAAUGGUUCCAAGUCGUACACACAGACCCUGAGGAGCUUGGGAUGUUCAAAAACUUUUCUAAUCCAAUUUCAGAGGGGGAAGAAAAACACAAGACCGAAGUAGAACUGUGUAAGAUGGCUGACCAUGUUGUAGGAGUUGGACCCAAGUUGAGCGACGCCUUUCGCUCAUAUCUUCGUGGCUGUAAAAAAGGUGACCAUGUUCUUGACUUCACUCCUGGGGUACUUGAAGAGUUUGAGGCUGUAAAUCAGGACCCUAGCGAGAGGCAGCAACGCAGUGUCUUGGUGGUUGGUCGUGGAGACGUAGACGAUUUCGAAUUAAAAGGGUUUGACAUUGCUGGGAAAGCGAUUGCCGCCUUACAAGAUACUCGCCUUAUGUUUGUUGGGGCAUCGGAUGGAAAACACGGAGAAAUAGCAAAGCGGUUAAUCGAUUGUGGCGUUCCUGCAAGUCGACUGAGAGUUAGAGGAUUUGUUGAAGACCGAAAGAGUUUGAAGCGCUUAUUCCAAGAAGUGGAUCUUGCAGUCAUGCCUUCGAGAACAGAGGGCUUUGGUCUAACAGGACUCGAGGCAAUGUCAGCUGGUGUCCCUGUGCUCGUCAGUCGCAAUUCUGGCUUUGGCGAAGCACUGCGCAGUGUAGCUUUUGGCUCAUCAUUUGUAAUUGACUCAGAGGACCCCGCAGUGUGGACCGCAGCCAUCCAGAAUAUCUGGUCCAAGGACAGGAAAUGUCGACUUGAGGAAGCGGUGACCUUGCGUGAUUCCUAUGCCAGGAAAUACAACUGGGCCAAACAGAUAAAAGAGUUAGUUGACAAGAUGAUCAGCCUUGCUCAUGGUAGGAAUGUCAAUUAUAUUUUCUUCAGUGGCACACUAUCAGGUAACAAUAGGGAGAAAAAUGAAAAGAAACAGAAAUAGGAUCGCUUACAAGUUUUGCCCUGAAGUCUUGAUAAAAAUGUUCUUGAAUACCUAUUUUAACCUUAUGCUGAAAACAGCAAAACUGUAACGUUUGUAAUUUUUCAGGUACAUUGUUUUCAGCGGAAUGGUUUGUGGAGAGCGGUCGUUAUACCCUUCGGUCAUAGGCUUAAUCGGCAGCACUUCACAUAUAUGCCUAUAGUUAUGUUUUCUCCAUUUUGUAGCAACAGAAGAUUCUCGAAACGCCCGGAGCUCCUUCGAAACAAAGUGCAACGCCUCUCAGAGGAUGGAAAGCAUGACUGAGGACCAUGAAGGUAUCUUCGUAGAAAGCAUGCGUAGAAAUCAUUUCUCACUGUUUUUAACCAAGUGGGAGAAGCGCGGGAGGCGCGCGAGAGCGAGCUAAAAAUAGGGACGGGGAGAGAAAUAAAACGUCGGCCGCUGAGCUUCUAUCCCAGGAAUACACAACCUAAUAUAUAAUUCCCAACAAAUGUCCGCCCCCGGGAGGAAUGGGCACACCUGGAAUUGACUAAGUUAAGGUGACUCGACCCAGUUUUUUUGGGGGGGUACCAUCCUAAUUUGAAGCUCUCUGGUAUCCCCACCUUUACUUUUAUCAUAAGUCUAACACAUAGAAUGGAUAACAGGAGGGCAUUUUGCAUGCGCAUGCGUGAAUCCGCUGAAUGACAAUAGCGUGGGCGCAUCAAAUCUGAUGGCGGGAAAUCGAAAACUCACGCGUAAAGUUACAGUCCUUUUAAAAGCCAUUUCGUUGGUGCUUUAAAUACCGCACUUUCCUUCAAAAAAUAUUCUCCAUCACAAAAAUCAGACGUUUUCUACGCGGAUUUUCACUCGUAGAUUUUUCAGCAGUAGGUUUCCUUGGCCUUUUAAAGACUUUCAAGACUCAACGCCAAAAAGUCAUGUUCCUGUAUAAGUCUGAUUUUCACUGGCAAAGCAAUGCAUUUCUAUGGUUUGAUUUCCAAACUCGUGGUUUUACACAUCAGCGAGGAAAUGCAUCGUAGCAAUGUUCAGCUGCUUUAGGGCAAAAAGCGAAAAAAAAAAUUACCACGCAAGGUUUAUUUAUUAGCGCGAUGUCUAUGUUAAACUGAUCGUGAAGACAAGCGUUUAUAUAUGCCACAAAAACGUGAAAUCUAUGGGGUUUUUACAGUUUUUUGAAAGUUUUCGCGGAAAAAUUUAUAAAAAAUAUUCUAUAGGAAAUGAAGAAUGGACUGAGUUUGAGACAGAAACAAUUACAAGUGAUUAGGUAGAACAUAAUCACUUGAGCAUUUCUAAGCUCAGUACUGUUGCAGACAAAACGAAUGCACGCAUACUCCGAAAAAACGAACAGUACUUUUAUUUUUCUUUAACUCUAAAGAUACAAAGAUUUUUCCUAAGCUACUAUUUUGAAAGUACUCUUGAGUAACAGCUCCUGUGCUCCACAAUCGAUUUCUUGUUAUUAAUCUAUAUUUGAUGACAGUAGUGAUCCCUUCAAAACAGAGAAUGGCCAUCACUCCAUAUAAAUCUAAAUGACGAUGUUGUUCACCUUCAAAGCCUGUUUGAACAUAAGAUAGGAAGUUUGUUAAAGGGGUGCAUAUAAUGCUGUUUCCUCAAAAGAUAAAUACUUCUGCUAAAGGACCCAAAUGAGCUGGGAUGCGACAACAAACAUGACACAAAUGGAUGGAUAAAUUUGUCUGUUCUUAAUGUUUCUGUUGAGAGCUUUUUACUGUAUCCAGAUGAACCCCUUAUGUAAGUUGUACAUCAUGGAAGAAUUAUCAAGCAGAAACUGAUGCACUAAACAAGAAUGUGGUUCAAUACAGAGGAGAAGCUGGUCUCAGUCAACAUCCUUCGUGAAUGAAAUGUCUCACAAAUUAGCAUAUCAACAAAUGUAGUAUCCACAAAAUGGUAUCAUUUAGGAAUAAAUGCGAUUUUUUUGCAACAGAAACCAGGAUUUAUUUAAAAGGUGUAUUGAUAACGUUUCAUUUCGUGCUAUUUUGGGGUUGGGGAGUUAGGUUAGAUUUUCGUUAAAACGCCACAAUGUUAUAUUUAUUUGCAUAAUAAAAAGGAAACAAACAGUGUACCAUCAAAAUAAGGUGGAAAAAACCAGAGUUCAAACCAAUUGCUGUAAUUUUUUUCCUUUGUAUAACUAAAUGAUAGAAUAUUCUUAUUUUCAAAACACAAUCUUACUGGCAUCAUUGUAUUGAUUUCAAUUUAUAGUUGAAGUGCGUGCAUUUUAUUUCUCAACGAAGACGUUCCGGAGAAGAAAGCUAAAAUUACUGCAGAAGGCGAUUUUUCACAGCCUUCAUCAAAGCGCCAUUCAUUCGCGGAAGUAUUCUUAGUUUCAUUAAUCAUUAACGUAAUCUGGGGAGAAAGGCAAGAUUUCGAGAUAAACAAGCCAGAGAAAGGGUGAAAAACAGUUUCACGGCAGAAUGGACACUUAAUUAACCUCUGCAUUCCUGAAACGAUUAAGUUCGAUUUUAGAGUUAUACUAUUGAGAAGAAUUAAGUAUCUAUAGCAUAAUUGUUUAACAAAAAACUAUCAUACUGACCUUUUCCUUCUGCUCAAAAAAUGUGCUCGAAAUGUUAGGUGGUAAGAACAUUUAGCCGCCAUCUUGUCUUCGAUGUACUGUUUUACGAAAGGGAAGACUGUCCUCUCAAGGGCGACAGCGGGGCUACAAUAAACUCACUUUCAUCGUAAAAAAUACCACGAUACCUUAAAGAACACGUCUGAGGAACGUAGCACCCAAUACACGUCAUUCAGCUCCAGAAAACAGCCUGCAAAUGCUGGUACUGAACGUAAACAACUCACAGAAAAUGCCUCUAUGGCACUUCAACAGCCCAUAUUGACGCAUGCGCAUACAAAAUGCCCUCCUGUUAGAAUGGAUAACAUAUAGAUCAAUCUACAAUAUAACAAAAUUUUUGGCGAUCGGAGUAAAUGUCACGUGGUUAUAAUGCCACGCCCCUUUGAGGUCUGAGUCGAAAAUCUGCUGUUGCCGGCAUUUUUUCGUGAAAAUCUCUCGGCUACAUAUAGUGCGCAUUAGUGCCUUGCGCUGAACAGAGUUUCACCAAAAUCGCAAAGACUCAAUUCGAGAAAUUCAGCGGUUUCCAAAUUUAGGUCAUAAUUUAUGCGAAAAUGAUAAGCAAACUUUACACGAUUAUAUCUAAUAAACUAUGAGACUUAUCCCUUUAUUUUGGGCAACGUUACAACAGAUGGGUCCUUGCAAGUCAGCAAAACGCUUUAGGGCCUUGUAAAUGCGCGCGAUUUCGAGCAAAGCAAACAAAUAGAAAUUAUAGUUUUCGCUCUUUGUUGACGUUUGUCAGCGUUUAAGAGUCCUUCUCACGAAAAAAGCAUUUUCUUAAAAAUUCGUAGCUUUUUUUCCUUCAAAUUUUUUCGAAGGAGAAUUAGUUUUGCCAAUCUUUGUAGUGUUUUCCAGUGAUUAUGCAGCAUAUCCAGGUACCGAAAGACUGAUUUUCCUUUGGUAUGUAAGCAUGGUCGUCAGGAAUCGACUGCAGAUAAUGUAUUGUUUGUGAAUAUCUUCCUUGUAAGUUCGAAGUGUUUAUUCGAAGUUUGGCUAUUCAAUAAGGGUAUGAUCGACGAUAAAAUACCCAUAAUUGCCAUGCGCUGGAGAAUUUCAGGAAAAAAUGUACCGACUUCUAACGCACAGCAAAUCUGCAUAGCAUCGCUGCAUCUGUGCCGUAGAUUAGUUGCCCAUAUACUUAUGAGGUUUUGAAGAAUUAGGCUGCAAAACAGUCCGUAUUUUUGCGUAUUCAAGUACGCGCGAGGAGUCAAACAAAAGGUUUGGAGCGAGGCCUCUUUGCUGUCAAAAAGCCCGCGCUUUUCGCUACUAGUGGGCUAUAACAUACAGCCUAGUAGUAGCUCCACCAAUCAGAACGCAGCAUUGAUAAUAGACCACUAGUUGGAUUUCACGAAAUGGAUAGGAGGCCGGUUCCACCUCAACUCUUGGGUUGGGUAUCGUCUCUAUGUUUCGUAUCAACGUGAAGAGCAGUAGCUAACAUUUUUGCCUAUUUCAAGUGCUUUGUCGAAAAUGAAAUUUGAAGGCAAUACGAAUGAAUGAUGGGACACUUACAAGUACACUCGAAAGUUGAGAAUAAAAGGAUAAGUGUGGACUGUUCACAGUCCCCUAGCUAUUUUUCCGUAAGAUCGUCGUACCUUUUCCCAAAUUUUUCCCAAUUCCCAAUUUUCCCGAUUCCUUUUCCCAAUUCCCCUUUGUCGAGAUUGACCUCUCUGCGUUACUGGCGGCCAUCGUGGUUUCAAAUGUUCUAAAUCUAGCCUGGCGAUGAGUGUCAAAUCUACUUACGGGGCGGGGGACGGUUUUGUACAUGGAACUAAGAUGGCCGACCGAAGCGGUAAUUUAAGCGCUUGAUCCUGACGGUCCCACGAAAAAAUAGGGGACUGUGAACGGUCUAGGAUAAUUGCUUUUGAAUUUCUAUUUUAUUACCUUGCGCGUUUUCAAAGACCUUAAAACUUUUAGGCCAUAUAAAACAAUGAUUAAUAUGUAGAACGGCGAUUUUAUUAAAGGACUUUAAGUGGCGGUCUUUUCAAAGUAUUACUCAGGAGAGGUUACGAAUUGUAAGGGAAACGCUACCAGUAGGUACUGAGUAAUACAUGAUAACGUACGAGUUUAUUAUGAAUUGGUACACCAGCUUUUACAUUGUAUUAGUAAAUUUAUUGAGUUCUUCACGACUUGCACCUCGCUAACCAUACUCUUAAUAAUCGGCAGUUUCGUUCGUCUGUAUCCACUUAAUUGAAUCACCCACAAGUGAUUUUUUCUCAGAAAACAAACAAUUGUUACUUCUAACAGAAAUGAAAACACGAAAACCUUCAAUUACUGCAAAGAGUGAAUACAGUUAAGAAUACAAGUGAUAGUUCUUUAUGAUUGCACCACAAGAAUUAUUUGUAGUUGUACCGUACUCUCGAUAAAUCAAGGUAACACAUUGUGCAGAUAAUCCUGGGACACUGUCAGCAUCUCUACCCGUGUCUGUCCUGAUUACUGUCUCUCAAGGAGCAUCAACAAAAGGUCAAUCUAACGUCCUUCGGCUCGAAGAAACUGAUCUUCAGUGUAAGCGAUCCAUUACUCUGAGCACAAAACAAGUGUUAUGGAGUAGUUGGUUUUAGUUUCGUUCGAAAAUUUGUAUUCUUAAGGUUUUUGAUAUGCAUAGGGUAUCCGAAUGAUUAUUUUGUAGUUCGUGCUAGUUUCUUAAUGUACAGUUCAUAGUCCAAGGCUAUUUAAUGUUUAGCCCACACUGAUAGGCCAUGCUGAGUUUUCGAGUAGUAUCGUCUAUUUGAAGGAUUUGUUAAACUUAAUUGUAGUUCUUUGAAGUAGGCAUGUUCGGGGAUUACAGCUCAAGUUCCUAUUUUGAAUGCUUUUCCCUACCGAGCAGUUUUACCCGCUAGCAUUUUUCACUGGUUCUUUGGUUCUCAUCAAUGACGACAGUGUAGCAGUUCUGUUCCCCGGACGUUAAGCCACAGGAUAUGCAAUGGAAAAUUCUCAUGGUUUGCUAACCCAAACACGUAUACAAUUUGGUUAUUUGAUUCGCUGGUGAUGGGCUUUUUAGUGGGAGUUGAAGUUGAAGACGUUCAGUACAAGUCAGAAGCAGUUUCUGAAAAAAGAGUAAAAAGCUGUGGAAGACUAUAGAGUCUCGGCUUGGUACACCUCUCGUUAAUUGGCUUAGCGAGGAUUCCAGGCCCAUACGACUCCCAUCACAAGGCUAGAAACUCAAAAAAGACCAUUGUCUUCUCCUUGAAAUGUCUCUAAAUCGUUACUGACCUUAAAGAAUGCAUCAGUGCACAUAUAAUCUAUACCUACUUUUAAAAGAGAUUGCAAACUCUUACUGCGUGAUAGUCAGUGAAUAACAUUCAUCUAGUCCUCUACCUUUGCUACCUCCCUAAUUAAUUAAUUAAUUAAUUAAUUUUUUAUAUAUCAACUUAAUAGUCAACAUCUUCCUAUACGCUCUCCCUGUAAAAAUAGAGAAGUAAAUUGUACGAGCUCUGUAGUUAGUUUUGCAGAUGAAACCGCCACUCAUUGGUAACUGUACCGUGGUAGUGCCAAACUCGAAAGCUUUGCUCCUUUGGCUACUGUUAUAAAUUAAAUCCGCGUUGCCGAUAGCAACGCGUCCCUUGGAUUCCCUAAGGGUAUUUUGUAUUCUAGCGCUAUAUUUAAAAAUUCAGUUUUGAGCUAGCAGUGGACGUGAACAGAAUAAUUCAGAUUUAGAAACGAAGACUCGGAGAUUCACGCUAGUGUAAGUAGUUUUCGCUAAGAGUUUUUUUCAUCCUUUGAGCGAAUAUCUUAUCAGGAUAUUUGGGUUUUUCCUUUUUUCAGCGAAUCAUUCUGUAAAUCACGCUUAUCCUCGAAAUGUAGAAGUGAAAGAGGCGAGCUGAUUUCGACGCGUGAAUGCUAAUUAACUUGAACUGUAGAAUACUGAGACACUGAGAAUUAAAUAAUGAAUCUUGAAGAACAACGAAAAGACGACAACAGGCCACUAAACACUUUUCCAAUGUAAUACACUCUUUUUUUUUUAUAAGAAUAUAUUUUAUAAGAAUAUCGAGGCUGAGAUUUGCGAAAUAUUAAGAAUAUUUUAAGAAUAAAGCCGAGGCUGAGAUUUUGAAAAGGAUAGAUAUAAUUUUGUGUGUUGAAACAUCUGUAAAUACAAUACAAUUUUAUGUUUUUAACUUAACCGUGUAAAAUUAUAUCUUUUCUCUGAACGGCGAAACUAGCCUACAAAACGAAAAAACCUGCACUAGCUAUAGCAAAAUGUUCAACGCUAAUGACAGUUCGAUGAACGGUACAUGUAAUACAUAUGUACAGUAUUCAGUACAAAAGACAUAAACUAAACCGCAAAAAAGUAUUAUGACAAAUUCUUUCCUUUUUAAAUAACAAAACCUUGGGAAAACAAAAACAGCACUAGGCUUUAUUGCUGACUGCAACGAAAAGCGAUGGAGCACGUGCACAAUGUAACGCGAUACAGAUCUAGAUACCAAACACUUGUAAUUGAUACCCCAAUAAAUUCUCAAACGGAAAUGUUAUAAUCUAUAAUUUAAGAAUAAUACAAGAAUAUUUUCAGCCUAAAAUCGGCAGAAAAAUAAGAAUAUUCAGCCUGGGCCGGAAAAACAACAUUCUUAUAAAAAAAGAGUGUAUUUAUUGUAACAUGCAUACUACCUCUGAUUUCCCUCUUUUUUUAGUUCCUAUUAUUAUUGUAUCUAUGUACUUUUUUUUUUUGAACAAGUGUGAAUAAACUGAACUUGAACUUUAGCAAUUUAUUAGAUCGCGAGCGGUCGUCCUUCCUUCCUCCGAGCCACGCGAGGCGAGAGAAAAAGUAAAAUUAGGCACGCCCCCCACGCGUGCUCUCGAUCUACUAUGACUCAAAAGAAACAAAAGAGACUGCUCGUAGUCUAGCAAUUUAUCGCCUUGUAACCGCAACAAUGAAAGUGAUGAAGACCCAGAGCGAGCCCAAGCCAAGCUAUUUCCCCAAGGGGAGCUGUCGAAAAAGGUCUUGUUUACUUUGUUUCUUUUACAUGGAAGUUCAAAUUAUAUUAACAACGUACAUUUGUGUAAGUAUGUACAAAAAUUUGUAUGAAGUUAUUGUGCAUUAUAAGUAUUUUGUAAUAAAGUUUUAAAAAAAAUCUGUAACUUUCUUUUUAUUGCUUUUCAGGCGUUGUAAGUGCCUUGGUCAGACUUUGUAUUUCUUUGUAUACCCAAGAUUUAAGUGUUGAAAAGCAAGAAAUAAUAGCUAAAGAUUUAGAAUAUCGGGUGUAUGUGUACCAACAAUACCAUGACGUUUCGUCACCUGAUAGUAUAAGAGCCUUAACUGAAUAUUUGAAAGAGGCUUACAAAGUGGCCAUACGGAUGGUGGAAUCUGGAUCUUUGAUGAUAACAGUGCAAUGCCCCACCCUAGAGAGUCUUGAAAGUCUGUGGAAUGACUAUGAAUCCGGUCACCUUAAUGACAUCGCUGAGACAUUCCUGGUGACUGAUGAACUAAAGAGAAAGCUCGGGAUGGACAAUAUCAGGUUGAAGACAACUAUAGAAGAAGAAAACUACUUGAUUUGUAAGAUGGCUUUCAUGGAAAUUUCAGGUGAGCUGGGCGAUCUUAAAGCCUAAACCUAAUGGAUAGCCAGUGGGUAAAAUGUUUUGCCAGAACUUUUUUACUCGCGGCCCAGUAGGUUUGAUAGAGCACUGAGUGCAAUAAUCCAGGUAAGUGUUACCAACUUGGCAGUUUACAAUGAUAACUCUGUAAUUCUACUAGUCCGUAGAAUGUCGUGUACCACCUUAGUAGUAAAUAAACAAGGCAUUCAUAGACUAGUAGAGGUCAUACAACAACAACAAAUAUGGACGAAUGCACUUUCUUAGUUGGAAAGAUUGGGAUUGCCGUGGAGGAUACCUCUUGAAGUACUCGUCACUCAUGUUUACUUUACUUUAUUGAAUUCGCCACGGUAACUCAACACGGUGACAGGGGGAUGAAACAGAACUAACUUCCCAAUUGAUAUCAACCCUUUCAUUACCCACCCAGCCCAAGAAAGGUUGCACCACACCACCGGGGUGUACGCCCCUACUUUUUACGAACAGCGGUGUGGGUUCUCUUACGUCCCACAAGAAUCAGAGCAUUGAAAGCGCUGUGAAAGGGGACCUUGCGAACAUCAUGUUCUAAGAAACAAUUAAACAUUCCACGAAGGUGUCCGCUUAAAGCAAGUUUUAAUUGCCGUUAUAACUUGUAUACUGUUGUUGGUGACACCAUCGUUUUUCAUUACUAGGGGUAGCAACUAUCAACAAAUCUUCAUCUCAAACAGUUGAUUCAGGUCAGGUAGAAGAUCCAAGGUUGGAUGGAACAAAGUCAGAUGUUGUGAAGGUAAGAAUAUUUUCUUUUAGGAACUUGCGAAACGGGCGAUGUUAUAAGGCAGUUAUGUAACAAGGUGGUCAAUUUGAGAUCCAAACGUUGUUAUCAAGAAAUUAUAUAUAGUGUUUGCGCCUUGUAUUUUAUAAUCGUAACCUGAAAAAGCGCUGUUAUGGAUUACUGAAAACAAAAUGGUGAAUAGGGAGAGAUGCUAGUUAGUUUUUAGGAAUUGUACCAAACAAAUACAGUCAAACCCCGGCAUAAUACGGACACUGAGGAGUCCAUAGAAAGUGUCCGUGUUAACGGGAUGUCCGUAUUAAGCGAGUUGAAUAAGAGAAAAUGAAAGGGCUUUCUUUCCCCAGGGAUAAAGCAAACUGUCCUUAAUAACGAGGUGCCUGUAUUAAGCGGGUGUCCAUAAAGCGGGGUUUGACUGUACUAAAAAGAACACAUUUAAUUUAUUACUUUUAUUUAUUUAUUUAUUUAUUUAUUCGUUCACUCAUUUAUUUAUUUUUAUCAUCCUAGGAUAAGAAGCAGGUCUUGACACCUAUGGCCAGAGCUGAGAAGGCUAAAGUAAGCUCAGUGGGAAGUUAAUUAAGAUACAUUUUGUAGUGUGCGCGCUUUGUGUAUUUCAAGAAAGCAAAAAAGUUUGAAAAACGUCUCUCGAUGCUACAUUGUUAACGACUUGCACAUAUAUCAACCUCAGCAGAGCGCAGCUUUAUUAUGAGUUGCAACAUUGUUAUUUAACUGUACACAAUUGCGACCCCUUUUACAGUGGGUCGCCCUGGAGGAUUUUUUUCUCAGUAGUGAGACAGUGUGUCAUUACCUUCAGUAUUCAUAUAGAUGCAGUUAGUAAAGUUUAAUUUUUGGAACGAAGAGGGAUUAAAAUUAAAUCCAAGGUGAGGUUUUAUAACCGAGUGUAAGGUUGGUAGACUGAUGGAUGUGGCUUUUAUCAACAGGAUUGUGCAAUAGUUUUACAAUUACAUAAAAGGAUGUUUUUUAAAUAGGCAUCGAGAGGCCCUCUACACAAGGCUGCUAUCAGUGGGCAAUAUGAGACGAUCAAAAUGCUUCUUGAAAGUGGCGAAGACGUGGAUCGAAGAGAUCAGGUUUUAGCCCUCUCCACAGUUUAUGUAAAUUGAAUGUUUAGCUGGACCUCUUGCCUUCGCUUCGCUCUUGGAUUCUUGAAUUCCUUUCUUGUCCUGGCUGUGACAGAUUGACUUCCGCGCGAGACGUUUCGAGUCAAUGAAGAGGGGAAUAACGAGAGCCUGAAAGAAAGGCUUUGAGUAUUACAUGCCUUGCGUUUCCAAUAAUAUUUUGAUUGGUCGGUAAUGACAGGCUCCAUUAUUGUGACAGACAAUAGGACAGGACCAUCGCAAAUUAUUAUAUUUUGGCUCAGCUUCUGAAGAACAAAGUUGAACGGCUAUAUCUUUGAAAACCCUGCAUUUGUUGACAGUUUCAGCAUAUUUGGAUUAUCUUUCAUUCUCUGUAUAUCUUUAAAACAAGCUCAAACACAGUUCCCCUCGAAGGGUUUUAACUAAAAUGGGGAGUGAACGCAUGUGACAGAGAAAUGGAACCAAGCAUUGUUUCCAUAUUUCAUUGUGCCGUUCCUAGUGCUGUUCCUGUGUCCCCCGUUUCAGUACAAUCGAACUAGAAGACUUCGGACAACUUAGUUUUUUUCGUGGUGCGUUGUGCGAUAAUACAACGUGCAUCCCACUUUUUAAGGCCAUGUUCUUUGGUCGGGUUUUUUGUCUUUGUGGUAAUUGUUUUACUUUGCUGUUGUUGUUGUUGUUUAGUUAUUUAUUUACAUACUUUAUGGGAAAGAGCACCCUAAAUGAGAUAUAAGUAUGACAGGUACAUAUGAUAAGAAAGUAAUAAAAUAUUAGUUUUUUGUUAAAGUAAAACAAAAAAAGAGCUAGAUAUUGGAGUUUGCAAUGUUUUUACUUUUGAAUUUGAAUUGUUUGAGCCCAAAAGUCUUGUCAAAAGUACAUUGAAAGAGAUCGCGCGGGUGAUUCUAGCCCUAAAAAGGGCUGCGGUUAACGAACAUUCCGACAACCACUGCAGUAUUCGAAAAAAACUCUUGAGAUGAUUUCCACAUCGCAAGAUGGCUCUGAUGAUGACUUCUAUACAAAAUGUUAGCGGAAACAUCAGUUAUGCCCCCAACAGUUUGACUCACCCAGACAAUUACAUUCAAUCCACUUUAUUAAUUUUCAAUUUUAUUUUGACCCACGAAGGCCGAUUACUUAGCCACUCUUUCAACUUUAUCUAACUGCGUUUUUCCUUUUUUGGUAGUUUUCUUUGACUCCUCUUCAUCUUGCCUGUUGGUAUGGACAGGAAUCUGUUGUCAAACUGUUGUUAGAACACGGUGCGAACGUCAACGCUGAAGACAGGGUGAGAUAGGGAACGUUUUCUUCCUUUUUUUUUUACAUUGGAUCAAUAAGUUGCUUGAGAGGGUUGGCGCGAAGGAAGUUGUUGUGUUUGUUAGUAUUUUUCACAUAAGAAUCUAGUAGUAACUGCGUAAUAACCUUUAAAAGGCGGUAUUUUUGCCUUAGCGAACUCGCUGUUAUAAUUAACAUGGCACAAGUAUAUACAAAGGCAAUUUGUUAAUUAAGUUUUCAACGUAUUACUACUGUUAAUUGUUUUUAUUUGAUAUUCUCGAAGAAAUUGGAGCGGCAGCAAAGAAGUACAAAAUAAGAAUUAAAAAAAUAACUUGAACUUAAAAACAAUUACCCUUUGGAUUUUUUUCAUCUUUGCCUUUUUUAAUACUUGUAUCUUCAUGAGUUACAAAAUGUUUAAAAGAAAAAAUAUUUUUACAUUAGUGUUGAAAAUGUUUGACUGUCUUUUUUUUCUUUUGUUUAUAAUAGAACACGUUUCUUUGCGCGGGAUCCUCUACUCCCACCUUUAUUAUUCAAACAAGCCUUUACGUUUCUUUAUAAUUCAUUUUACUUCUCUAUCGCGUCCAUACGUUGAAAAUGCAUGAUCUCCGGUGUAAUCUUUAAUGGUGAUUGCGCUUGAAUUGCAGUACACUUGUGACUGAAGAACUGCGUAUUAUUUAUGCUAUUUCUAAUUAACAAUUCCUUUCCUUUCCAUUUUCUAGUUUUAAUACAAACAACAAAAAAAACAAACAACGUAAAAAGGCUUAGUUCCAGCAAGCUAACUUAAUGGCUUUUAUUUUUUUCUUUUUUAAUGAUUUAUUGGACGUUAGAUCUUGUCACAGAACAAUUGAUUAAUUAAGCCAAUGCUAAAACUCUAUGUUUGGAGAUGAGAGUAGAAGCGAAAUGUAGAGAAUUUGUGAUUUUUCUCGUUAGCUCAACUCUACAAUUUUUGCAAUUGAUUGCACUUUGUACUGUACUUCCUUCUCUACACAUACCGGUUGUUAGCAUGUUUCCAUGGUAAAAUAGCAAAUGGUAAGUAAAGGGUUUUACUCUGCUUAUUAUGUUUUUAGUUUCAACGUACACCUCUGCAAAAAGCUGAACGUCAAAACCACCACUCCAUAGUGCCGUUGUUGCAGAAGAAUGAUGCCAGGCCAAGUCUUCAUCAACCAGUAAGAUAUCAGAUUGUGUCUUUAUUCCUGUUUCCUUUUUGCGAAAUCUUCUUUCAGAAGACUUUUUUAUGUAUUUACUAACAAUGUUGAACGUUAUACAUUAUCGGAAGACCGUUUUCCUCUCUUGUAUGUUAGGCACCUUACAUUUUUUCUUGUCUUCACUAACAUUAAUUGUUGCUUCCAUUGGUUGGGAGGGGCCCAGAAUUUUUUGGUUUCAAAACAAUACCCCAUUUGAGGACUCAAAAAUUCUCUCAACAAUUUUGUCACUGAUUGUUACUAUUGUCAUGCUUAUGUUAAACACAUUGCUUCUUUUGAUCCUGUGUAAUCUUUUUUUCAAUGCACAAAAAAGGGACCGUUCCGUGUGUCUGUGUGUGCGGGGCUGGGGGUGGUUUGGGGCUGUUGGCAUUUGACACGGGUGCCAUUUGGGACUUUAAAGUGUGGCGUCAGGCGAAAAAGAUUGGGUGUGAAAGGGCGUAAUUUAAUAAAUUCCUUCAAGGGUUGCGGGUCACUGCUCCACCAUACAAUACAUUUGCGCGCCAUCAUAUUUAAAAACAACAUGUUCGUCCUCACUUGGUGUACCAUCCAAUACAGAGUUCGAAAUUUGAGAACCGAUUCUCAAGGAGCACUAUAUAUAUCCACUGGAUAAAUUACUAUCCAUUAGGAAAACCAAUUGCGCUAUCUAGUAGAUAGAGAUUUAUCAUCUGUGGUCUAUUGUCCUCCUUUUGGCUUAAGAAGUUUUUUAGUGUUUUUUAGAUAUACAGGCAACGGCGAACUAGAGUUAAAACAAGUCAAAACUUCUCAAAAGCUAACUUCAAUUGGAAACCAACAAAAAGCGACCUAAAAUACUUACUUGCUCGAUGAGUUUCCUCUACUGCGAGAAUGACAUUGACACCUUUUGAAUAACUGGGGAAAGAUGGGUCAACUACGUCGCGAUGUUAUUGGUCGUCUGUCAGUUAAGCCGUGAUGUUAUUGGCUAUGAAGACUCGUAAUGUCAUUGGUGCGUUUCGAUCCGUCUAUGAUCCCAGUUAAACGGUCGUUUAUUGUUAGUCAUUGUCGAAUGUCCAGUCAUUUUCGCGUAGUUAGUUUUGCUUGAGUCCGUCAAUAAGUCAUUUGUACGGUGCUGGUAACUGUUGACUACGGUUCAUUGGCGUUUGUUCUAAGUUAGUAAACCAGCUUUCUAAAGUAAGACGUUGAUAGUAGUCUGUAGAAUAGGUAAUAUAUGCCGUAGAGUCACAGUCGAUUUGAUGUGUCUACUGUAAAUGGUGUUCAGCAAUCUGAUUGUUGACGUCACCAUUUCUUGUCGCUCGUUUGUAUUUAGUCAGUCGCGUGCUAAGGUUUCUGCCGGUUUCAUCAAUGUAAGUGGCCUGCCGUCCCAACAUUUGAUGUUGUAUACUGCUUCCUGUCUGUCCUCCGGUUUGUCGUUGUCCUUGACAUUAGUAAGAAGUCGUCGUUAAGUGCCUUUCGGUUUGUGUGCAGCACGUUUCUUGUAAGGUUGUACCAUGCGUGCUAGAGAUUCACAGGUGCCUGUGAUGUGCGGUAUAAUCGCUGUCGUAACAGGGCCAGAGUUGACGCUGGUCUGAGUGUUGGAGUUAACGUUACUGUGGGUGUUUCGUCUAACGAAGACCGCAUUGUAGUUGUUCUUACUAAAAACGUUCUUUAGGUAGUCAGUCUCUUCUUGCAGGCUGUCAGGCGAGUCGCAAACUAUUUGCGCUCGUCUCGUCAAAGUCCGUACAGUUGUAGCCUUGCGAGUGGUCGGGUUGUACAAUGACUGGUUGGUAUGUGUCGGUUUUCUGUAAAUUGUCGUUCAUAGUCUGUUGUUGUUGUGAAUGACCAAACAGUCUGGAAAAGGUAUAUUAGCAUUUUCCUCGAUCUCCUACAAGACGAGACUGACUAUCUAAACAACGUCCAACAUACUUAGCUGUCCAGCUACAUGUCUCAUUUACGUUUUACUUAAAAAAGCGAUUUCCAUGUCUCAACUACCCAAAGCGAAGACUAUAGCGAGAUAAAUAAAUAGAAUGGCACUUUCUGUUGUUUUUCCCAGCUGACACUUCAUUGUCAUUGAUAGCAAAACUGAACAAAAAAGCGCUUAAGAAUGUAGUGACUUUAAAAUUUUCCCUCAAUUUUGUUGUAACGCAUGUGCUAUUAACUAUAUACCGUGACAUGGCUGUUCCGGCGUGGUGAUUAAACUCUGAGAAGUGUGAAUGCAUAAUCACAGAAUACUUUUCUUUUUCUUGGUAUUUAGAGAUAUUAUAGUUGCGAAUAAAGCUGCCAAACCUCCAUUGUCACCCCUGUAUCUGUAACGCAAUGACAUUUGAUACGCAGUGGCGUUAUGUAAUCGGUAUACCGCGUGACUUAUUUUUCAACACUGCUGUAAAAGUAAAACCGUUCAGUUUUUUUUCAUCUACUACAGUGAAAAUAAGAUAGUUAUUAACGUCCGUUAGAGCUAGAGAGCAGAAAAAGUUGUGUGCUAUGUUAGUUUCUAUUUUCUGACGGUCUACCAUCAAUCACGGUCUACCAUUCUGCAACAGUAAGAAAUAUGAUAGUAGACCGUUGACGCACUUCAAUUCCUGACGUUGCUAUGCUGGAAAAUUACUAUUCUUGGGGACAGUGACUUCUUUUUUGCAAAGAAAUACAUUUUGUUACCAAGUAUACAAUACAAGGCAACGUUAUAUGCGAGCUCUCGCGGCUAUGUUACUGAAAUACGCGCGUGAAUUUUCACGUUAUCUGAUCACUAGCCACACUCGGGCUUCAAAAUCGAAACAAACUUGUAAGACAACCAAAACGUAAACAUAAAUCCAAACUUGUGUUAAGCAAAAUAAAGUCCACAACAGCUACUUUUUAGCGUAACUUUUCUUUCCUGUAAAUGGCAGGCGAUAAAAGAGGAACCAUUUCCACGUACUUAUCAGAAACAACAACAAAAAGCUAUCUCCUUGAUCUAGCGGGGCAUCUUAGGUUACUUUCCUUUCAUAAAUAAACGUCUUUUACCCGAGUUCGAAGAAAAUAUAUUAUUUUUCGCAUCUUUGUAGCGUGUUAGGACAAAAAACCCUUUUCGUUGCAGCUUACUCAAGAUGGUGUGGCAUCUUUUGCCACGCGCUCCCUUUAAAAGCCCAAUUUCGAGCAAAUUACCACAUAAACAAAAGUGGAAAAAACUGCCGUUUUUGUCUCGGCAUUUUAAAACACGCAAACCUAGGGGAAUGAAAUGCUAUUUUUUAUAACCACCUCCUUAGGUGUAAAACGUGCACCACGUUUCACCCUGUUUAAUAAUCGGGCACCACGGCUAUAGAGGUAUGAAGGACUCAGACAACCAGUUGCAAAAUUUUGAGAGACACUCUCACGAAAAAAACAACCUGUCUUGCUUCAAAUCGCUGCUACUCACAGGUCUGUGAGAUAAAAUAGUGACCCCCCUCCCCCAUUCAAAGUUGUUCCUCCAAGUUUUGGGCAUGGUCUUGUAUUGCUAGCAACUUUGAAAAGGGGUGGAGGGGGCGUUACGGGCACAAGAUCAUGGACAGGCCAUUUAAGCCAAAAUACGGUACAGUGUCUCAAGUACUUUUGCAACUGGUUGUAGCUCCCCAGUAUCAACAUCUUUGCUGUAUGAUGCUUCAAGAAAUUCAGUUGUACUUUUACUCAUAGUCGUCACUAUCAGCAGCUGCGCUAUAACCAAGAUGGUCUCCCUUUGGGCGUAGGAGCUUAAGCUUUUCUAGUUAAAGCGCUGGUCAAUAGCGCUGACCCUCGUAAUAGAACCUUCUUCUCCUCUAAAAUUAUCUUUGUUAAUAAGGGAUAGGUUGGGCACCAACCUCUAGUCUGAGCGGAGUACAUCGCUUUCUUUGAAGCGUUGGCUAACCAACCAGGCCUUGACUCUUGUGGACAACGUUAGCGUUGAAAAGAUUGAAGCUCUGAUCAGUGUGCAUGUUUGUGAGCGUUUCUUUUGUCAGAUUUGCCAGGUGUUGUUCACUGACAGCAGCCACCUUUGUCCCCUAACGGGUCUUAGAUGAUCGGUGUGAGAAUAAAGCUAUUUUCCAAGGUGCAAGCCAAUGAAAAAGUAAAUCUUCCAUUUGGGCCUUGCAACCAAUUAUCUUUCAACGCGCCAUCGGGCUGUAAUCGAGGUGUAAUCAACCCAAGCAAAAAAGUGGUAGAGCCUCUUCCCCUCCGCUGUCUCUGAAUAGAAUCUCGGGAAAUGUCUGCACUUUUUGGGCUUCUGUCAUAUGGUUUAAUUUUAUCUGGCUGGAGAACUGAUACGUUUGUGAAAAAAAACUCUUGCAAUUGGUUGAAACUGGUAUUAAUUGUCCUUCUAUGUUUCUAGAAGUUAAAAAGGCGACUGGCUUGGACAAUCUAUCAUCCAAGUUUCUCAAAAUAGCGGCCGAUAUUCUUGCUCCAUCCCUUAUCUAUAUGUUCAGUCAGCCAAUCUCUUCUGGGAUUGUGCCAAUUGAAUGGAAACUAGCUUGAGUUACACCAGCUUUUAAAAGGGGCGCGAGAAAGGAUGUUAAUAACUACCGACCGAUCUUAUCCAAGAUUUUUGAAAGAAUAAUAUACACUCAAUUCUAUAAGUAUCUUAAGGACAAUGAUCUUUUAGCUAACUGUCAAUCCGGCUUUAGAUAACUCCAUAGCAUACUCACGGCCUUGCUUGAGGCCACAAACAGUUAGUCUCUUAACAUAGAUAACGACUUUAUCAAUGGUGUAAUUUUUAUAGAUGUAAAGAAAGCUUUCGACUCAAUAGACCACAAGAUUCUACUACGUAAGUUAGCUAGCCAUGAAGUUGAUCAUAAGGCCCUUAGGUGGUUUGACUCUUAUCUUAGUGAUCGCCAACAAAAGUGCCUAGUUAAUGGUGAGCUAUCUGGAGCGCGGGCGGUUACCUGUGGCGUCCCUCAGGGUAGCCUUACUGGGCCUCUUCUUUUUCUGAUAUACAGCUAUUUCAAAAAACGUUGUCGGAAGAAAAGCAAAAAGCCUUUAAGCCAAGACCGAAAGGUAAAAUGGGAUUUUUAUAAUGACCUGGUACAGGUCCUAUAGGAGUUUUGCGGCCACUCAAGUAUGUCCUUGAGAACGGUAUGGAACGUCUUUCUGUGAGUGAGAGUAUUUCUAAACGUUGGACAGCUCUUAAAACAGAGCUGGUUGGAGGGCCUUCAAACAGUAGGGAGCGUAACCAACUACAUUGGCGACAAAAGAGACAGUGAACAACAAUAGGUUUAAAUUAGCAAAACAACAACUUAAUUUGCACGUGCAUCACGCUUUUUUUCCGUGGCCGUUGUUGCCUGACUACGGCUUCAAAUGUCUCAUGUUUUAUAGGGGCAGUGAACAGCAGACCACAAUUUUCUUUUCUUUUACUAGUCCUUUAGAAUUCAUUUCCAGAGAAAUCGCCAUCAUUUAAAGAAUUGAACGAGGUGGGAUAAAGGCGAUGUGGUUGUCCAUACUUUCUCACAUGCUGGUGUAGUGCAAAAUAUUACCUGCAGUAGACUUUGGCGAGCUUUAAUUAAUUCUUGAGUAGGAACCAUUAUUCCGAAAAAAGUUUGUUUAUAAUAUUUUUUUCGCCCACUUCGUUACUACGUUAUACAGGGUUUGAACCAGGCCGCGCCAUUGCGCCAAUCCCGCACUGCAAUUGGAAUUGUCCCUUUAAAAAAAGGCCAAGGGGACAAUUUGUCCCCUUCAAAAUUUAGGGAAAAAACUCGAAAGGAAGCACACACGAAGAGAUUUAUUUCAGUACAGAAAUUGCAAGCCGAAACAGAACGUGGAAAAUAUAUUUUAUCACACCUAUAAAGUUCAUUCCAAAGUUACGUUUCAGUCACGCUCUUCUGCUAUUUUGUCGGAAAUCUAAGACAGGGUUUCUGAUUCUUCGCGCGGUCGCGGAGCCGCGAAGUUCACAAAAACACGAAAAAUACCGCGAAAUUCGGUAGAAAUCUUAUCAAAUACAUGUCUGUACAACAUCUUUGAAACUUAUUUCAGCUAUAGGGGCUAUUUACUUGCCGUAAACUUGCAAAUUUAUCUCGGAACUUCGUCACUGAAACGUGCAAACAGAUUAUGUUGCGAAAAACUGGGCACUAGCCAUGAUAUUAAAGGCUUUGCCAUUGGUUCAUUUCUGGAGCGUAUUGUUGUUGAAAGAGCAAAUGAUGACCUCUGUUAGAAAAACGUUAAAAAGGCUGGUCUGAUCAGCGCAAAACCGAUCGAUUUCUAGCUUAAUUUGCCUUGAAAAUAACCACAAAAUCGGCCGUUUUUUACCGAUUGCUUUUCGGUGAAGUUUGCCCCGAAAACUCCCGCGAAAUCGGCCGAUUUUUCCGCGAAUUUGUCCCUAAAAAUCCCGCAAAAUUUGACUUUUUGUUGCGAGACCUAUCAGAAGCCCUGCUAAGAAGACAAACCUCUUUGCAUCAGCAGAAGGGUGUACAAAUUUCUGUCCCCCUAAAAAUGAAAAUGUCCCCCAAAAUUUUUGCCAAGGGGACAAAUUGUCCCCCAGUGAUCAAAUCCUAGCUCAAACCCUGCCGUUAUAUGCAAAUUGGUUAAAGUAAAAUUUAAGGUGGCCCAAAGCUAUUUAUAUGCGCGUUGGUUAUGUUUUUGAAUCGCGUUUUUCGGCAGGAAUUAUUUAACCGAUUUCCAUGAUUUUUGGCAUUCUUAAUAAAGAAUGGUUGAACUUUAAGAAAUGCCAUUUAUUGUCUUGUAGAUAUAAAAACGUUUGAGAUAUCGGCAUAUGUUUAAAACCGCAUUUUAGACAGAUUUUUCUCUAACUUCGGGAAAGUUAAGCCAUAGAGCUCUCUAGUUUUAUAUCUACAGGUUUGAAGUCAAUCGUGACCGUAAAACUCGCUGCGCAAAUAGCUGGUCAAAUUUAACCUUAAAUUGUAACGCUUACACAUUUUUGAAAGUUGACGCACGAAUAGAGGAAAACGGCAGGCGGACUAUCUCCUAUCUGCAAGGAUAUUUUUGCCCAAAGCUUCAGUUGCAAGAAACUGAGUAAUCAGAAACCUACGGCGAAUACAGUUCGCAAACAAGAAGAACAACUGUAUGCUAAAUGUUGUCCUCUAUUGGCGUGUCAACUUUCACAAGUGUGUUAGCGUUGGAUUUUAAGGUUAAAUUUGACCAGCUAGCUAUUUGUGCAGCGAGCUCUACGGUCACGAUUGACUUCAAACUUGCAGAUAUAAAACUAGAGAGCUCUGAGGCUUAUUUGCCGAAGUUAGAGAAACAUUUGUCUUAGGGUUUGGAAAUUAUUGCCAUCUUUUGUAAAAAUGUGGUUUUAAACAUAUGCCGAAAUCUCAAACGUUUUUACACCUAUAGGAAAAUAAAUAGCAUUUUCUUAAAGUUCGACCAUUCUUUAUUAAGGAUGCCAAAAAUCAUAGAAAUUGGUUAAAUCAUUCCUGCCGAAAAACCCGAUUCAAAAACAUAACCAACGCGCAAUUAAAUAGGUUCGGGCCACCUUAAUGUUAUUUUUCCUUGCUAAUUAGCUGAACAAAAUUGCUUUCAAAGAUGGAAUUAAGCAAGAAGGCACUUCGACGGAAACGUAGUUUUACCUUGUGCUUUUUUAAAAACUAAAAUGAUAAGUAUAGUUCGGUAUAAAUGACGAAUAAAAAUCAGGGAACAGUUUAGUGGAGUGAUUGUUUGGCAGCAAAAGACGGAUUUGAAACAACCCACAUUACCUUGCGGUCUUGGCUUGAAAACUUUUUCCUUUUCUUCCGCCUUUUUUUUUUUUUUGAAGUUGCUGUAUAUUAAAGACUUGCAUAAUUGCCUGACCACGGCCAUACCGCGGAUGUACGCCUGAUGAUACCAGCUUGAAGGUACAAUUACAAUUCACAUUGACAAAUAUUUGUCAUGGUGCAAACAUGUCAAUGAGAUGGCUAGAACUAUUUUCUCUGGUAUAGGUGCACUUAAAAGGCUUAUGUAAUAUAUCUGCGUAGAUACAGCUAAAGUGCUGUAUAGAGCUCUUAUCGAACCACAUUUCGACUGUUGCUGCCUUGUGUGGGACGGUGUGAACAACGAAUUAGCCAAUAAAUUACACAAACUUCAAAAUCGCGCCAUUGGGAUAAUCACAAAGUCCGAUCACCGCUAUAAUGCUACCUCCCUCCGCAGAAAAUUUUGGAUGGGGUAACCUCUAUACCGGAAAGAAAAAAAGAGAAAGCUAAAUUAAUGUUUAAAAUCUUAAAUAAACUAACCCCGGAGUACUUACAAGAUCUUUUCAAGCCAUUCACCUCGGAAUACGAUCUUAGAGGCAAAGCAAAUAAACGUGCACAACGUACACCUCUGCAAAAAGCUGAACGUCAAGAACACCAUUCCAUAGUACAGUUACUGUCGAAGAAUAAUCCUACGCCAAGUCUUCUUCAACCAGUAAGAUAUCAAACUGCAUGUCCCCAAAUCCUUCUUGCCAACCUUGUCUUUGAAAUGAAAGUCGCUUACAUUUGUUAUAUUCUUUGUCGAUAAUGUUGAUCGUUACAGUAGGACCUAUACAUUGCCGUAUGAGCUUUUAUCCUAGCUUAUAUCGCGAAGACCUUAUAUUGGUUCUUCUCUACACGACCAUCCGAAGAUCACAGUACAGUGAAUCCUGUAUUAAACGGACACGAUAUUAAGCGGAUGAAUGGUUCAAUUUUUCCCUCAAACGUUUCGUCUCAUAUUUACUGUGAGGUUUAUACUGUUAAACGAAUCCAUUGAUAGCGGACACCCGCAAAGGUCGCGUGUGUGUCCAACACAGUUUUCAUCAUACAUGAUAUUUCUUGGUUAUUAAUGUCCAUGGUUCUGGCAUUGCGUCUUAUACACGUGCACUCUCUGAAUGGUUUUGGACACACUAGGGAUGUGGUUUAAUUUGCUGCAAUCGCAUGAAGGGAAGAAAACUUCAUUACUGUUUGGGAAGUGCAUCUCAACUUAACAAGCAAGUCCUUACCCCCAUCGUUAUAUUAAGGGCAAGACAGUUACAUCCCCCCACCUGCAAUUGGUUUUUUGCUGUGUUGCAGGAUUUGCCAAAAGUUAAACUGAAAUGUAUUAUAUAGCCUGGGAUUAGCUUUUCAAUGCAAUCGAGAUAUCAUGGGGUGUGACUGGCGCUGUGGGGACCCAGUAGUUUCAUUCAAAUAACUCCUCAUUAAUAGCCACCAUCUUAAUUCUGUUCUCCAAAAUCACCUGAAACAUUUGUUCACAAUGAUUUGUUCAACAUUGUUUAGAAGGGUGGAGGAGGAAUCCAGAAAGUCUUGUUUUCAAAACCUUUCCCCAUCUGUCAGCUAAAAAUUCUAACAUCAAUUUUGUGGCCAGUUGGAGCUAUUUUCAAUCUUCAUACUUUUAGUCUUAAAUCAGUAUCAUUACUGUCAAACUCGGAAAAGCUAGAGAAUUAGGAAUAUUUUGGAAAUGUUCAUUGUCUUAUGAUCAAUCCCAUUAAGGAUUAGUUAGCGAGCUUCAAACCGCAAAAUAAUUACCGUUGCUACAUGCUGCUUACUUCUCCCUCACUUCGUUGGCUUCUAUCCCCUUGACACAAUAACAUUCCAGAAAUAAUUUUGGUGUUGAUAGUUUUGCAGGAACAACAAUAACAUUUUAAAGCGCGAGUUUCUAUAUAAAUAUUAGCGCGUUUGCUGUUUCUGAAUUAGUAAUAAUUUUAAACAAGAUGUAUAUUGUAACCAUAAUAGCCAACCACCACAUUUUGUGUAAAAUGUGUCUAUUUGCAUCAAGAGUAUAGUAAAGCCUGGUUAAUCUAUUAUCUGCAAUAAGAAUAAUGGGAAAGUAGUGCUAAAUGAAUUUCCUCUUUUUAAUUUGCCUUUAAAUACAUGAUCAUUCUUGUCAUAGGUUAGUCUAAAGAAACUCUCAAGAAAAGCUUUCUUGCAAGUGGAUAAACAAUCUGGAUUUAAUCUGCUCCAGGCGGCUGUCUUAGAGGGAAAAUACGACAUUGUUCUAAAAGCUAAUGGCCUUCUUGAGAAUUUUUUAGAAGAGAUGGAACAUAGAAAAACGGGAAAUAACGCCAAAGGAUUUCCAGGGAAAACUGCGGUUGACAUCUUAUCAUUUGUGUUGCGAACAAAAUCAAGUCAUUAUAGUAUCGAAAGAUUUUAUAAAAAUUGGGCUCAGAACAACAGUAGACUGAAUGAGCUGCAGUGGGGUACAUGCAAUGACGAUGUGGAACAGGCGGUGGAGUUUGUAUUAAGUGACGGUGUAGAUAUUAAUGCCCGAGCGUCAGACAAUGAUUACACAGCUUUGUUGUGGGCGAGUUGUUCAUCCUCAAGUCAGUUCAUUGAGACCCUCAUUGAUCUAGGGGCCGACGUUAAUGCCCAAAGGAAAGAUGACAAAGUUACACCUUUAAUAUUAGCAAUUGAAUGGAACAACUACAUGGCAGCGUGCUUGCCUUUAAGGCAUGGAGCUGAUGUAGAUGUCCAGGGUGGUGAUGGGUUCACACCACUGCACUUUGCAGUCAGUAAAGGUCACGAAAACCUCUGUAGGUUGUUACUUGAACACAACGCGGAUGUAAAUAUUCGAGAUAAAGAUGGAGAUACUCCCUUGCACCUGUGUGUCAGAGAGGGUAACGAAAACCUCUGUAGAUUGUUACUUGAACACAACGCGAAUGUACAUUUUGGAGAUAAAGAUGGAGAUACACCCUUGCACUGGUGUGCCAGAGAGGGUAAUGAAAGCCUCUGUAGACUGUUGCUUGAACACAACGCGAAUGUAAAUUUUGGCGAUAAACAUGGAGAUAGACCCUUGCACCUGUGUGUCAGAAAGGGUAACGAAAACCUCUGUAGAUUGUUACUUGAACACAACGCGAAUGUCAGUUUUCGAGAUAAACAUGGAGAUAGACCCUUGCACCUGUGUGUCAGAAAGGGUAACGAAAACCUCUGUAGAUUGUUACUUGAACACAACGCGAAUGUCAAUUUUCGAGAUAAACAUGGAGAUACACCCUUGCACCUGUGUGUCAGGAAGGGUAACGAAAACCUCUGUAGAUUGUUACUUGAACACAACGCGAAUGUAAAUUCUUUUGAUAAAGAUGGAGAUACACCCUUGCACCUGUGUGUCAGAGAGGGUAACGAAAACCUCUGUAGAUUGUUACUUGAACACAACGCGAAUGUCAAUUUUCGAGAUAAACAUGGAGAUACACCCUUGCACCUGUGUGUCAGGAAGGGUAACGAAAACCUCUGUAGAUUGUUACUUGAACACAACGCGAAUGUAAAUUCUUUUGAUAAAGAUGGAGAUACACCCUUGCACCUGUGUGUCAGAGAGGGUAACGAAAACCUCUGUAGAUUGUUACUUGAACACAACGCGAAUGUAAAUUUUUUUUAUAAACAUGGAGAUAGACCCUUGCACCUGUGUGUCAGAAAGGGUAACGAAAACCUCUGUAGAUUGUUACUUGAACACAACGCGAAUGUAAAUUUUCGAGAUAAACAUGGAGAUACACCCUUGCACCUGUGUGUCAGGAAGGGUAACGAAAACCUCUGUAGAUUGUUACUUGAACACAACGCGAAUGUAAAUUCUUUUGAUAAAGAUGGAGAUACACCCUUGCAACUGUGUGUCAGAGAGGGUAACGAAAACCUCUCUAGAUUGUUGCUUGAACACAACGCGAUGCAGCGACAUCCUAAGUUUGAACUGAUUUCUGCGCAAAAAGCUAUCGAGACAAGAUAUACAACAGGU